AUGCUGUGCAUUUAAAAUCAGAUUUUUUUUUUUUAAUUUCUUAUAUAUUGCUGUUAUAUAUUCUUUAGGGAAAGGAAACUUGUAUGUGCCAAUAAAGGGGAGGAAGGGGUGGACGCACGUGAAUCUCUCACUUUAUCCAAAGCCAGGAAAUUUAAAGGAACGCGUUACCAGCAAGUGCGGCAAAUUGGACUUUCCACCAUCAGCAACCCUCCUCUCUCUGUCUCUCUUCUCUCUUUCGCCAUCCCUGCACCUUCUCUGUAGGUCUGCUCACUUACUCCCUUCAUUCCUCCAACCUCCUAAGAUCCCAGAAUAGCCUCACGGCGGAGCUCUUUCUAAAUAUUAGUGAAGGUUUUGGAUUUCGGGGUGACUCUGGAGAAGCUGGAGAUGGAUUAAAGGGACGGUGCACCGCAAAACUGGAGCAGCAAGCACGACCACGCCGAGGGGGAAGGGGGCGACGGGACUCGGUGAAUUCACGGAGCCCCCGGGACAGAGGCUGUGACUGGUCCCACCCCAAGAUGACAUCCCCCAAAAAUAAAGCCAAGAAGAAACCACCCAAAGACAGCAUGACACUGUUGCCAUGCUUUUAUUUUGUAGAGCUCCCCAUCGUCCUGUCCUCCUUGGUGUCCCUGUACUUCCUGGAGCUGACAGAUGUUUUGUCCCCGGCGAUGGUGGGCUUCCGUUGCCAUGACCGCGACCUCUCCAUGCCCUAUGUGGAGACGGGCGAUGAGCUCAUCCCUCUGCUGAUGCUGCUGAGUUUGGCCUUCGCUGGACCUGCAGCUUCUAUUAUGAUGGGGGAGGGCCUGAUGUACUGCAUGCAGUCCAAACUGAAGACUUGUCCAAAGUCAGAAGGCAGCAUAAAUGCUGGAGGCUGCAGCUUCAACUCCUUCCUACGCAGAACUGUGCGAUUCGUCGGUGUUCAUGUAUUCGGUCUCCUGGCAACAGCCCUGGUGACAGAUGUCAUCCAGUUAGCUACCGGCUACCACGCCCCUUUCUUCCUCACUGUCUGCCAGCCUAAUUACACGGCCCCAGGAGUGUCAUGUGACAACAACGCCUACAUCACACAGGACAUCUGCAUGGGCAAAGACCAGUAUGCUAUUAUGUCAGCUAGGAAAACAUUUCCAUCCCAGCAUGCAACGCUCUCUGGCUUCGCUGCUGUAUAUAUCUCUAUGUAUUUCAACGCCAGCAUCAACAGCACUACUAAGCUCCUGAAGCCGCUGCUCGUCUUCGCUUUCUGCAUGGCAGCAGGCCUCGCUGGCCUGACGCAGAUAACUCAACACCGCAGUCACCCAAUAGAUGUCUACGUGGGAUACGUCAUAGGAGCCGGCAUUGGAGUUUAUCUGGCUGUGUAUGCAGUGGGAAACUUCAAAGCCUCAGAAGAAGAUGCUCCCUCUUUACAAAGACUAGCUUCAUCCCAGCAGAAGGAUGGUCUGAGGGUGCUGAGCCAGCGAAGCCAUGACUCCUUGUACAGGAAGACUCCCAGGGUGUCUGAGAGCAGGGAGGAACUGGGGGUGGGGUUGGGGUCUGGAGCUCGCAGUAAGGUGAGGAGGGAGAAGGCGUCCCUGGCCUCCCUCAAACGAGCAAGUGCUGACGUGGAGCUUCUUGCAACCAGUCGUCCCAUGGGCAAGGAAACCAUGGUAACCUUCAGCAACACCUUGCCUCGAGUUGCAAAUGGCAACAGCCCCAUCUCGCCCUCAGAGGAGCCAGUCACCACCCAGCGUCACAUGACCUUCCACGUACCCUUCGACCCACAGAGGUCUCGGCAGCUGGUGUCAGAGUGGAAGCAGCGCUCGCUGGAGCUCCGCAGCCAGAGCUCACGAGAUGAGGAAGAGGGAGUAGAUGGAAGAGAUGGAGGAGGUGAAGGAGGAACAGCUGCAGGUGAAGGGGGGGACCAACAAAUGCCAUCUUCUCUUUAUCCCACAGUGCAAGCCAGUACCACCACACCUACUGGAGCAAGGAUGGUUGUGGCACCCCCACUUGUUCACAUCCCUGAGGAGGCCUCUCGGCCACCUCCUGUUUCCCCUAAGAGUGCCAAGACCCGCGCCAAAUGGUUGUCACUCACAGAGGGAGGAGGAGUAAAAGAGCCUGGAACAGGGCCCAUUGCAGUGUCGACUCCCCGUGUGCCAAACACGCAGCCCAACCAGCCUCCCAGCCAGCAAAGAGUCACGCAGGUUAUAGCCAUGUCAAAGCAGCAGGGUCAGGGGCCUGUUAUUUCUUCUACUAAGACAUCUGAAGGUGGCUCCUCCUCUGGUCCUGGCUCCAACUGCUCCGAGUCACCAUACUACCGGAUACCAUCUGAUCGAGACAGCUGCACUGGGAGCAACCCAGGGAGCAUCGCUGGCAGUGGGAGCAUUGUCACAAUCGACGCUCAUGCCCCUCAUCACCCGGUGGUGCGUGUGUCAGCCACUAAUGGCAAGCCGUGGGAAUGGAGAAACACCAUCAGUGGCAACAUGAUGACCGCCGACCCGACAGGUGACAAACACCGCGCAGCGCUGCAGCGACAAGACAAUGUCAGUCACUACCGGGACUACAGGACACUCCCAGUGAAAUCAGACUCCCUGUGCUCCUCCUCGGCCAGCGGCAGUGCCGAUGGAGGAGCAGACCUGCCUCCCCCACCUUUUCCCACCUCCUCAUCCCCUCUUCCACCCCCACCUCAGCUGUCGUCAUCCCCUAUUCCACCACCACCCCCUCAACCGUCUUCUUCCCCCUUGCUUCCCCCUCCACAACCAAGCUCCUCCCCAAUGCCUCCGCCUCCCAUUCACACCACCUCCUCUCAUAUGCCUCUGCCUCCUCACCCAUCCUCUCAGAUGUCUCCCCCACCCCUCCCAUCUUCCUCUCAACUGCCUCCACCUCCUCACCCCUGUUCUCAAAUGCCCCCACCUCCACACCCAUCCUCUUCUCCCUUGCCUCCUCCGCCUCAUCCCUCUUCCUGCAUUCUUCCACCUCCUCACCAGUCCUGCUCAAGCAUGCUUCCCCCUCCUCCCCACCCUGACUUAUUGAUAGAUGGCCACAACCAGUCAUUGUCCCGCACCUCCACCCUGCCUCGUCGGCCCUCUGUGUCCGCCCGAAGCCAUGCUGAGCAGGAGCACUACUACAAGGCCAUGCAGAAUGAGAGGAUGUUAUAGUAAAACCUAAGAGAUGAGAGACACCAUUGUAAAGUCAGAGAUUGUACUUGGAAAGACUCUUCCGAAAGAGACAGUGAAUAAAAGUAGGUGGUGAUGGGUGAACAGAGAUUUAUGACAAAAUGGUUUAGAGAUCCUGAAUCUGGGGUUGAGGAAUAGGUGAAAGUCUGGCAGCAUUAAAAACUCAGCGGGGGAAUCUUUUUUUUUUUUGCUUCUCCUGCGCACACAAACUACCACAAUGCUAGCUCAACAACCCUGACCGAGAAAAGAACAGACAAGAGAAGAAAGGGAAGUUAAAAAGGGAAGGGUGAAAAAUUAAAAACCCUGGUUUUCCUCUGGUUUCAGCACGCCAGUCCUCUGUGUUUCAAAGGAGUCGAAGAGGCUGCAGCUGAAAGAGCUAUCACAAUGAAUGGAUUGGGAUUUGCUAAAUCAAGUUUCCCUCGAGAAGGGGAUGAGACUCAGAAAACAAAACAACUACAGGCAAUACUCGCUUUUUUUGAACUUGAGUAUCUGUUUACACACAGAGAAUUUGCUCUUGUAACUAUCUACAAAAACCUUGCUUCAAAGCACUCAAAAGCUAUGAAUAAAAGGAGGAAUGACACAAAGUCAAGUUCAACCGCAGGAUUAGGAAUACUAGCCAAUAGCCACAACUCAAAAAGACACAAGUAUUUACCUCUCUAAAUAAACAAACCACAUGGCUAAAUCUUACGUUUGACAUCGAGCAGAUGUGCUGGUAUUUACAGGAAGAAGCUGUGUUAGGAAGCAUUGCUUCUGGAUGGCAAGCAAGAAGUAGGAGAAAGGGUAGGUGUGAGGAGGAUCAUGCACAGUUGGGCACCUCUAUACAGACGUCACUGAAUGGAUUACUGUUGUAAACAUGAGAGGCAGUGGAAUGGAAAGAGAACUGUUCCUAGCAUGAAGAAUGCAGCUGGGUGCAGCACAGCAAGCCAGACACACGGUCUGUCUUUGCUGUGCACGAAACCUUCCACGGAACGGAGCUUGAAGCUGCGCUAAGGAGAUUAACAUAUUUAUCAAACCAUGCUAGUGCACUCUUUGUAUUUGGCCCUCUUGCAAAUCUCAGUAGUAAAGGGAAUGUUAAUGGAAAGCUGCCCAGCGAGUUGUGUUGCCCACCACAACCUCCAACAAAAUGGUUACAUCAGGUGCUGGUUGGAUGGGCUAGCUGGCUUUGUAGAUCAGUAGUAAAACAUUGUUAUGAGCAACUUUUUAGUUGUCGGGUUGUAAAAAAGUCACCAGCAUUUUUGGUUUUACCUUGCUUUCUGAUUUAUUGGGAAGUGCUAAACAGAAAGAACCCAAUCAAUGUAUUCAUAAAAUAGUAAUAUCUGCAACUUCACACUCUAACCAUCCAUUAUCUAUACCAUUUAUUCUUCGCAGAGUUGUAAGAGAUUAUUGAAUAUACCUUAUUAGAAUGUGAGACUAAAUUAUUCUAUUUUAUAUUAAAUAGGCUCCCAGUUUGUUGAACAAAUAUAACAACCAACCUGCAAUUAGACAAGGCUUUUUUUUUUUUUUUUUGGAAAUAUUAAAAAAACAAUCUUAACUAAAGAUCCACUUCCCCUAGACCUUUCAUCAUACAGUCAUCAGCAAAUGUAAUUUUCAAUAGCUGCCGUGGAACCAUAAUGUUCAGAUAAACUAUGGGCAAAAUGACAUUAUUGAAGACAAUGUAAUGUAGUGGAAAGAUCUAGUAUAACUCUGCAUAUGGGUAUUGAAUUGAGCUUGUUUGUCCACUACUGUACACCAGAAAAUGUGGUCAAGACAGUAAAAAAGAUGAACGCCGCUACAGUGACGUCUCUCACAAGUUUCUGAAGUCUCGUUUUGAAGCCACAAGGUGAGCGCAUCUGCCCUUGGUUGCAAAAUAAUGGAUGUGAUGAGGGAGGGCGGGUCACACUGUGAAACCGCAUGUUCACUGGUUAGUGACUGUUGUUUGAAAACUCAUUAGGCAAUGGUGCGGUUUAAUACCAGAGAUAAUCCUCCAUUUUAAAACAUGGUACAAGCAAGGUUUACAAAACAGACUUAAUUUUUUUUUUUAAAUGACCCAAAAUGAGAGACUGAGCCCAUAAACACAGGAGGAGGGUACUUACAGAGGUCAAGACAGGAGGCUGCUUUCCCAUUGACGUCUAUAGGACCAGAAAUCUUUUUGCAUCCACAGCUAUCGCCAUCUGGUGGCUUUCAGAUAGAAUGGAGGUUUGUAGGCACUUCCACAUUGGCUUCAUUUUUCUCAGUUGAAAGUGACUUUCCAUUUUUUAUACUGUCAGUGGGUCAAAUAUAGUACAGUGAUUAUGGGCCUGAAAUAAUUAAUUUACAAAAAAUUAUUUGAAAACUCAAUCAAUAAUUGAUUAAUUGCAUUCAGUCUUUUAUCAAGAAAAAAUGCUAUUUGAGGAUUUCAGUUACAUAAGCAUGAAUAUUAGGAAUAUUUGUAGGGAUUUGAAUUGGUUACUCAAAACAAGCAAUCUGAAUAUGCCACUGGAAAACUGACUGGCAUUUUUCUCAGUCAGAAGAAUCUGUGGUGUUAUCACGCCGUUAAAUAUUUCUUAAAAAAUAAUUCCAGCCCUAAUUAAACACUUUGGAGCAAGAUCUGUAAGCAGGAAAGUUGAGCACAACCAGUUUGUGUUCAGUCAGUGCACUCCUGCCCUUUAUGUGUAAUGAUACUUUUGUAUAAAGUUGUUAUUUAUUUCAUUUUUCUGUCAGCAGAUAUUCUGUCUAAUGACAAGUGCUUUAUUUUACACCAUUAUUUGAUCAUACGUUAAUGAAAUACAGACUCAGACACACAGAUGAAGUUGGUUUGCACCCAUGCACCACAACACCUGAAGGAUACAUGAACUGAUUUUGUAAAGUAGGAAGAGGCUGUGUAUUUUGUAGUGGCGCUCCUCAGGUGAGGAGGUGGUAGAUAAAGUUGCCCGUCAGUUUGUGCUGCAUGUGUGUACGAGUGUGUCCUUUUUAUAACCUGUGCUUCAAGUCUGCAUUGUUACCUUUUGACAGACAGACAUGCUGGUGAUUAUCAUACUACGUUGCCCCAUUUUGACUGUAAAUAUACUUGACAUUACUUAAUAUUAUUAAUACUAUUAUUAUUCCACAGUCCUCUUUUAUGGACUAAUGUUUUUUAUCUGUUGUGACGUGUAACAUUAAUAACCUCAUUGAAUAAAAAAAAACAAGACUUCUUAUA